AUGACGCAGGAGAUCUCACUCAUCGAAUACCCUCUCUGUAUCCCCUCCCCCCAAUCCGUUCCCUCCUCCAACCCCUUCCUUCCACCCCACUCAGUUCAUGCGCUUUCUCUGCCGCACCGCACAGAGGGCAUGGAGGCGGGCAGAAAGGCCUCAUGCGCUUUCUCCGCCGCACAGAGGGCAUGGAGGCGGGCAGAAAGGCGCUCCUUCGCUGCAGCACUGACGGCACAGGGCAUGGAGGCGGGCAGAAAGGCGUGCGAGUGCUCACUGCAUGUUCACCCCCCCCUUAACUGCCCCCAGCUAAUGCGCUUCCUGCGCCGCACAGAGGGCAUGGAGGCGGCCAGAAAGGCGUUCCUGGCAGCGAGGAAGGCGCGGGAGUGCUCUUUCCACGUGUAUGUGGCUUCAGCUUACAUGGAGCUGUGCCACAACAAGGAGAGCAAGAACAUGGAGAGCAAGGUGGCGCGGAACGUGUUCCAGCUGGGGAUGAAGAAGUUUGGGUCUGAGCCUGGCUUCGUGCGCGAGUUCGCGCGCUUCUUGAGCCGUCUCAACGACGGGCAGGCCAUGAGGGAACUGCUGCAAGGCGCCCUGGCGUCCCCGUCCCUCGCACCACAUUCCACAAUCAUGGUCAGUGCUCAAAAUAAGCUAUGGGAGGAGCUCAUAGAGUGCGAGCAGCUCUUUGGGGACCUCAACUCCCUUAUCAAGGUGCCCUGCGUCUGUCUUCUGAGGCGCCUCGAAUUCCUGCCAACGGCCUCUCAUUCCGUGCUGAAUUCCCUCAUCCCCGCGUCUCUUUCCCUCAUCCCCGCGUCUCUUUCCCUCAUCCCCGCGUCUCUUUCCCUCAUCCCCACGUCUCUUUCCCUCAUCCCCGCAUCUCUUUCCCUCAUCCCCGCGUCUCUUUCCCUCAUCCCCACGUCUCUUUCCCUCAUCCCCGCGUCUCUUUCCCUGUCUCUUCAGGCACAAGAAGGUCGGCGAAAAGCUCUAGCUUUGGUUGCAAGCCCUGGCGGUGAUGCCGAGCCUGAGUUGCAGGUUUGGCGGGAGCAGCGGGACCUGGUAGACCGGUUCAGCUACUGCGGCCUGUUGCCUUGUGAAGCGUCAGCUCUCCCUCCGAACCUAGAAGCAGGCUCGGCAGGUCCGAAGGCAAGCCAGGCUCGACAAAGGUCAGUGGAGGAUCAGGUUCGGGAAACAGGUCAAGGGGUAACAGAGAGAGGAGAAAGAGAAGCGAAGGAGCAAGAAGCAAGGAGCGGCACCAGUGCAGCAGGAAUAGGAGGAACAGCAGCAGGCACGGGAACUAGCACAGCAGCAGGGGCAGCGGUAACAGCACAAGUAGCAGCAGGGGUGAAGGCAGAGCCUCAAGAAUCGUCCUUACCUCCGCCUCUCCCUCCCACUGUGUCUCUCUCUCAAGGCAUAGGGCCUGCACCCCCUGCUGUCUCCUCCCUCUCUGCUGCUCUGGCCGCCGCUGCUGCUGUGCUCAUGCCUCGUGAAGGGGCAGCAGGGGCAGGAGGUGCAACAGCAACAGGGGCAGCAGCAGGAGGGGCAGCAGCAACAGGGGCAGCAGCAACAGGGGCAGCAACAGAGGGUGGGGAGGAGGCGAUUUCUAGACGGGUAAAGGAGGAAGCAGGGGAAGAGGAGGGGCCUGGCGCGGCUGUUGGUGCUGAUGGUGCCACUGUUGGUGCUGAUGGUGCCACUGUUGGUGCUGAUGGUGCCACUGUUGGUGCUGGUGAGACGAAAGAGGGUGGGGUGAAGGGUGGGGCGGAGAGGGGAGAACAACAGAGGGAGGGGGCAGCAGGGGAAGCGGGUCUGAAGACACAUCAGUUUGUGGCAAGUGCUGCUGUGGAGUGGAAACCUGGUGAGUGA